CGUUUCUUUCUUUUUGUAGUAUCUCUAUUCGCAUCGUUUAGAUUAGGUUGAAGUUCGAAAAUAUGAAUUACUGAUAGAACCUCAUCUGGUUUCGUUGAGUUUUAGAGGACCAUUUUUACAGGAGUCGUUUGAUACAUGACAUAUAUAUGUUUGCCCCAAGGAGGUUUAUUUUAGCAACUAUUUUUCAUAGCUAAGUGUUCAAUGAAGGGGUUGUAAAAUGAAGCAAAUUCUUUGUGGUAAAAUUGGAGACAGGAUUGUGCUAAUUUCAAAGACAUCAAGAUAUCCUGUGCCUGUGUCUAACACAAGGCAUUUAACAUCAGGCAGAAUGAACAAGGCUUAUCGGCCACUGUUGGCAUCACCCCACAUACGUUGCUAUGGAAAUCCUCAUCGAGGAUAUGCAAUGUUCAUUGGGAGAGUACUGAGAGGAGCACUGAAGGUCCGAUAUCUUCUGCUGGGUGGUGCAGUUGGUAGUGGAGUAACUUUACAGAAGAAAUACGAACAAUGGAAAGAGGUUCUGCCAGAUAUGAGCUGGUUGGAUAACGUGUUUCCCAAUGAACAAAAGUGGAAAGACAUUCGCGACUCUCUCAUGAUGGUUAAGAACAUUUUUCCAGACAACAUCGAAAUCGAUCCACGUAUAAAGCAACUCGGGGAAACUAAGUAUAGACAGUAUAAAGAGUGGUUUGAUCAAAGACUGGACGAUGCUAUCAAGGCAGCCGAGGUUGACCAAACGCAGUCAGACAUGGAUGUAUCCUCCAAUCGUAUAUUUGACGCAAUCUCAGCAAUAGUAUCGCAACUUUAUUCAGAAGCAAAGCAGCAGGUGACAAACAAUACUGUUGCAUUCGCUCGGCCAUUGGCUAACGAUAACAUCGAGGAGGAACGUAAGAAAGCUCAGAAGUCGCAAGAAAGACUGAACGCCAUGCAGGAGGAGGUGAUGCAAACGCAGCUGAAGUAUCAGCGCGAAUUGGAACGGCUGGAAAGAGAGAAUAAAGAGCUUCGAAAGCAGAUGCUGCUACGUGGCAACCAGAAAAUGAGCAACAAGAAAAUAAAAAAAUCUUUGAUCGACAUGUACAGCGACGUUCUGGACGAGCUCAGCGACUACGACAGCAGUUACUCCACAGCUGAUCACUUGCCAAGAGUGGUGGUGGUCGGUGACCAAAGUUCUGGCAAAACAUCCGUGUUAGAAAUGAUUGCACAGGCGAGAAUAUUCCCCAGAGGUGGUGGUGAAAUGAUGACGAGAGCACCGGUGAAAGUAACUCUGAGCGAAGGACCGUAUCACAUAGCGCAGUUCAAAGACAGUUCAAGAGAGUUUGAUCUAACGAAGGACUCGGAAUUAGCCGAGUUAAGGCGUGAGGUGGAGAUACGUAUGAAGAACAGCGUGAAGAAUGGCAAGACCGUUAGUCAAGACGUGAUAUCAAUGACUGUGAAGGGGCCAGGCCUUCAACGCAUGGUCCUUGUGGAUUUGCCUGGUAUAAUCAGCACAGUGACAGUUGACAUGGCAGAAGAUACGCGGGAUUCCAUUCGACAAAUGACCCAGCAGUACAUGAGCAACCCGAACGCGAUCAUUCUGUGCAUCCAGGAUGGAUCGGUGGAUGCCGAAAGAAGCAACGUGACGGAUCUCGUUGCUCAAAUGGAUCCCGCCGGCAAACGGACCAUCUUUGUUUUGACUAAGGUAGACCUGGCAGAAGAGAAUCUGACCAAUCCUGAACGCGUUCGCAAAAUAUUGUCCGGCAAACUGUUCCCCAUGAAGGCCCUAGGCUACUUCGCUGUCGUCACUGGCAGAGGCCGGCAGGACGAUAACAUACAAACGAUCAAGGACUACGAAGAGAAAUUCUUCAGAAGUUCCAAACUUUUCAAGGAUGGUUACACAGGUCAGGUUACGACGAGAAACCUGAGUCUCGCGGUUGCGGAAUGUUUUUGGAAGAUGGUUCGCGAGACUGUGGAGCAACAAGCCGACGCAUUCAAAGCCACUAGAUUCAAUCUUGAGACAGAGUGGAAAAAUAAUUUCCCAAGAUUGAGAGAAUUGGACAGGGACGAGCUAUUCGAGAAGGCAAGAGGCGAGAUCCUGGACGAGAUUGUGAACCUGUCACAGGUUUCACCUCGGCACUGGGAAGAGGUGUUGAUGGUCAGGAUGUGGGAUAAAGUUAGCAUGCACGUGUUCGAGAACAUUUACCUACCCGCGGCUCAGAGCGGAAAUCCAGGUGUGUUCAAUACCACCGUCGACAUAAAACUUCGCCAAUGGGCCGAACAGCAAUUGCCAACGCGAAGCGUGGAAAGCGGCUGGGAAUGCUUGCAGCAGGAAUUUCAGAAUUUCAUAAACCAAGCGAAACUGAAGCCCGACCACGACAACAUUUUCGAUAAUCUAAAAAACGCGGUGGUCAACGAAGCCAUGACGAGACAUUACUGGGAAGAGAAGGCGUCUGAAAUGUUGCGAGUUAUACAACUCAACACCUUGGAAGACAGAAGCGUGAACGAUAAACGCGACUGGGACCAGGCGGUCCGGUUCUUGGAAACAUCAGUGAAAGAGAAGCUGCAAGGUACGGAACAAGUCUUGAGAGACAUGCUGGGUCCAGGUCGCACAGAACGAUGGCUGUACUGGCAGAAUAAGACUGAAGAACAACAGAAACGCACAGAAGUGAAGAACGAGUUAGACAAGAUCCUCUACGUCGACAAAAAGCAUGCCCCCACUCUCACUCAAGACGAACUCACGGCGAUUAGGAAAAACCUGCAACGAAACGGCCUGGAAAUCGACAAUGAGUUCAUUCGAGAAACAUGGCAUCCAGUUUACAGAAGAUUCUUCCUGCAACAGAGCUUGGCCAGGGCGUACGACUGUAAAAAAGGAUAUUAUCUCUAUCACACUGGUCACGAGUCCGUAAUGGAAUGCAACGAUGUUGUCUUGUUUUGGAGGAUUCAGCAAAUGCUGAAAGUCACUGCCAACGCGCUCCGGCAACAAAUCAUGAAUCGAGAAGCUCGCAGGCUGGACAAAGAAAUAAAGGACGUAUUGGAAGAUUACAGUCAAGAUAACGAAAUGAAGCAAAAACUGUUGGUCGGCAGACGGGUCACAUUGGCUGAGGAAUUAAAACGUGUUAGACAAAUUCAAGAGAAACUUGAAGAAUUUAUUCAAGCAUUGAACAAAGAGAAGUGAAGAAGAAUGAACCGAGAGUCUAAACAUUUGAAACCUAUGGAUAUGUGAUAAGCGACAACAGCCCUGGUGGCUUGUUAAGUGUUAAUUUAUUUUCUCUACUAGUCGAGCCGCAAUAAACAUAGGCUAUUUAAGUCUUCUGAUGAAUGGGAACUGUUCGAUCAAAGAUUUGAAAUUGUCACUCUUACUUGCUGUCAUUCUAGCACUGAAAUUACGACCGGUUUGUAUGUGAUCGCGAUUUAUACAAUGUAUUGAUCCGAUUAAGCUGUGUAAUAAGUUCGUUUGCGACAUCUCGACGAUAUAUUAGUGAGUAUUAUUUGAUCGAUUGUUUUUUUUUCAUAAAGGAAUUAAGUGACUCUUGAAAAUUUCGUCCUUUUGUCAAAAAAUUGCACGAUGAAUAUUCCUGUUGAUAUUUAGUACGUGGUGUAACAAUGGUGACCAUUUUUAAUAAUAAUAGGUUAAUACUUUAAAAAAUUAUACCUAUCAUUAUUGUCAAUCAAUUUCAAAUUUUAUAUUGUGCUUUAAAUAUCUAAGACUAAUAUUAUUAUUAAUAAUAUAUCAUUAGGCUUUGUUUUCUUUCUAUUUUUAUCAGUAAGUAAUAAAACAACAGUUUUAAUAACACAUAUUUUUAAUGUCCUGAAAAAUGCCACGUCAAGUGGCAAAAGGACUUAUUACACAACCUAAUAAUACAUUCAGCAAACUUUGUUGACAGAAAGCACUGUUUAGAUACGAAUGUUGUUAAUAGCUAGACAUAAUUAAUACAAAUACCAAAGCGAACAACUCAUCGAAAAUUUCUGGAUAUAGCUAGAGAAUAAUUGAAUGAACAUUACAUGUAAAAUAAAAUAUGAACUGUAGAUUGUGAUUAACGCCACUAGGAAAAAUGAUGCUCAUUACAUUUUAUAUAUCAUCAUACAGAACGAAUGAAAACGAGCAUGCGUUUUGUAUGGAUAGGAAAAUCGGAAUAAAGAAAUAGAAACUAAGUUCUUCGUGUCCAUAAACAUUCUUCUUUUCAAUCACAGAAGUACAUGUGUAAUAACAAUGUCAUUUCUUUCUCGUAUUUAUUCUUCCUUUUUUUUUUUCUUCUUUUUUUAAGGAUAUGUAUGGUUUAAAGUGAAACAAUUGAUAAACAUCGAACAUUGAAGAGUGUAAUUGUAAGAUCGUAACACACCAGAAUAUCUCUUAACAUUCGCAAUGAAUCCAUUUUACGAUAAUAAUUACGACUUUCAAUGCUUCUCUUUCCCUUCAUGGACACUCAACGGAAUCAUUAAGUACUUAUGGAAUUGAAAAUGUGCCUUAAUACAAAAGUAGCUCAAGUAAUUAUUAAAAUACACGUUCUCUGCCUAGUAUAUAUUCUCGUGAUGUGAAAGAGUAUAACGCAUUUUUUCGUCGAAAUUUUAUCCUUUAUACCCUUUCGUUUCCAUUUAUUGGUAAUAAUAGAGAUAUUAUUAACGGUGGCUUUUUUUUUUAAAUAUAUCACAAC